AUGGAGGACAGACUUAGGAAUGAGCUUGGUGACAUUAUAAGCAAAUCCUGUGGUAUUGAAGUGGAGAGAGUAAAUAAAGCCAUUAUGCGGAGUAAAACCAUAAAGAACGGUGAUUUUAUAGUUCCAUUCUCACAGCUCACACGGGACGAGGCAGUCAUACAGACAGUAGCAGAGAGUAUUAAAGAAGGCCAUUCCAUCAUAAAGAGAGUAGAGGUAAUUAAGCAAAUGCUCUGUAUAUACAUAGAUGUAAAGGGAAUAGCAAAAGAAUUAGUCAUAGAUAUACUUACCAAGAAGGGCGAGUACGGGAGCAGCACAGAGGGGAAGGAUAAAGCGGUUGUGAUUGAUUUUAGUUCUCCAAAUAUUGCGAAGGUGUUCCAUGCAGGCCAUUUAAGAACCACAAUUAUUGGGAAUUACAUCCAGAACAUAUACAAGAAGAUGGGCUACAAGACAGUUGCACUGAACUAUUUAGGCGACUGGGGGAAACAGUUUGGAUUCUUAGCCAUAGGGUACACAGAAGACCAGAAAGCGUGCAAUGGAGAGUCUGAGAGGAUGAAAGAGGAUCCAAUCAGGUACUUGAAUGACAUAUACGUACGCAUGAAUAAGAGGGCAGAAGAAGACCCCUCCCUGCACGAUAAAGCCAGGGAGUUCUUUAAGAGAAUGGAAGAUGGUGAUGAAGAAGCAAUGACUCUGUGGAGUAAGUUCAGGGAGUUAAGUAUAUCUAAGUAUAAGGAAAUGUAUGCCAGUAUGAACAUAUACUUCGACGUAUACUCAGGAGAGAGUUUCUACGGGGGCCAGGCGGCUUUAGAUAAUAUCCUGUCUAAGCCGUACUUAGUCCCGUGUGAGGAUGGGUCAAAGAUAGCUGACUUAGAUAGGCUUGGUAAGACGGUUUUAGUGAAGAAGGAUGGGUCGACUAUUUACAUCACAAGAGACGUCCUCUCAGCACAGGACAGAAUUAAAACGUACUCACCGCAUAAGCUUAUAUACGUAGUGGCCAGUCAGCAGGACCUGCACUUCAAGCAAUUAUUCAACCUUAUGGAGAUGGAUGGUUAUGACCCAGCACUAUUCCUGCACAUAAAUUUCGGCAUGGUCAAGGGAAUGUCCACCAGGAAGGGCACUGCCGUAUCCCUGUCGGAUAUUAUAGAUGUGGCACAGGAAGCCGUCCUUGAGAAAAUGGAGGAGAGUGGUAAAUCAGACCAAAUAAUCGAUAAGAGAGACACUUCAAGGAACCUGGCACUCUCAGCGAUUCUUAUACAGGACUUUAAAGCCAAGCGGAUCAAGGACUAUGAGUUUGACAUGAAGAAGAACACUUCAUUCAUUGGUGAUACGGGGCCGUAUAUUCAGUACACUCUGUGCAGACUGGCCAGUAUUAGCAGGAAUUCUAUUUAUCCUGUGGGGAGUCCAUUAGAACUGGACUUUACUGAUUUAGGCAGUGACAAGUGCUAUGACCUCCUAUUUCUACUUGGCAGGUACCCUUCUGUCCUAUUGGAGAGUAUCAGGACGCAUGAACCAUCGAUUAUUGUUACGUAUAUCCUGCAGGUGUGUCAGUUAGUUAACUCUAUCUUCCGUGUUAUAUGGGUGGCUAAUCAGCCUAAAGAUAUUGCCAGGGCGAGACUUGCGAUGUACGAGUCAAUCAGAUACGUAUUGGCAGAUGCCGUAAGUAUCCUGGGCAUGAAACCAUUAGAAGUGAUGUAAUCCAUUAGGCUAGAUGUUCAUAAUCUGACA